AUGAAGUUUUUGGGGGAUGAUGAAAAAUUCCUAGCCCUUGCUACAAAUCUUGAAGAGUUUUCUGGUGUUUGUUCUUGUCGCUUUGUCAAUGUAAUUGUAAUUUGUCAGAGUAUAAGCACUUUUAGAAGAGCUUUGGGUGCAAAUCCUCUUCGAGAGGUUGAUUGGAAGCCUAUUCUAGGUAAUUUCUCUAAGAAAUUGGCACCUUGGAAACAUAGGUCUUUGAUCUGUUUUUCUUUAAGCAUUGCAAUCUCACCGCUUCAAGAUUUUGCUUUUGAGAAUGGGGCCUCUGGAGACACAAUUCGAUGUCCAUGCCCCAAAUGUGGGUUUGUGAAAUGGCAAGCUAGAGGCAUAGUUGAGGAGCACUUGAUUUUAAAACAAUUUCCCAUAAAUUAUGUUAUUUGGAAUCUUCAUGGUGAGAGGCAAAGACAAGAUAUUUCUAGAAAUGAAGAUGAGUCACAAGAGACAUUUCAUUUUGAUAAUCCAAUGGAAACAAUGAUAAAUGAAGCAUUUGGACAUUAUAGGCAAGAAGGUACUAAUAUAGGCAGAUCACAACCAUUGGGUGAAGAUGAUGUUAUUAAUGAAAUGCCAAGGGAGAAUCAUAAUGAAUUUAAUGAGUUUCUCAAUGACGGAAAUCAAAUAUUGUGUGACAGGAGCAAGUACACAAAAUUAGAGUUUGUAAUCAAAUUAUAUCAUAUCAAGGUUUUGUGUGGAUUAAGUGACAAGGCAAUGACUAUGAUCCUAGAUUUGCUAAGAGAUGCAUUUAGUGAAGCAAAGUUGCCUCUUUCUUUUUAUGAGGCUAAGAAAAUCAUCAACAAACUUGGUCUUAACUAUACCAAAAUAGAUGCAUGUCCAAAUCAUUGUAUGUUAUAUUUAAGAGAUGAUGAAAAGGAUUUGCAAACAUGCAAACAUUGUGGUACAUCUAGAUGGAACCCAAAGAAGAAAAAAAAGCAACCUGCAAAAGUUUUACGUUACUUUCCUUUGAAACCAAGAUUGCAAAGAUUGUUUAUGUGCUCUAAGACUGCAAAGCAUAUGAGAUGGCAUUCUUCAGAGAACAAGGAUGGAGUUAUAAGGCAUCCAAGGGAUGGUGAGGCAUGGAAGACAUUUAGUGUAAUGCAUCCUGAAUUUGCUUUAGAUCCUCGAAAUGUCCGCUUAGGCCUUGCUAGUGAUGGUUUUAAUCCUUUUGGCACUAUGAGUUCUACUUAUAGUAUUUGGCCAGUGUUUUUAAUUCCAUACAAUCUUCCACCUUGGCUUUGUAUGAAGCACACUUCAUUGAUCCUAUCGAUGAUCAUUCCAGGUAAGCAGAUGCCUGGAAAUAGUAUUGAUGUGUACUUACAACCCCUUGUGGAUGAGUUACGUGAGCUAUGGAAUGAUGGGGUGGAGACCUUUGAUUCUUCAUUGAAUGAAACUUUUAGAAUGCGAGCAGCUCUUAUGUGGACAAUUAGUGACUUUCCUGGCCUUGGUAUUUUAUCUGGUUGGAACACACACACAGGUUUAGCUUGCCCUACUUGUAACUUUGAUGCAGAACCUUGUCGUCUUCCUCAUAGUAGGAAGUGGUGUUUUAUGGGACAUCGUCGCUUUUUAAGUAGAAACCAUAGAUUUAGAUUGAAUCGUGUUCGCUUUGAUGGAAGCACUGAAGAACGAAAUCCACCACUAAAAUUAUCAGGAUCUGACAUUUUUAGGCAAGUGGAAAAUAUUAAUGUUACAUUUGGGAGAGGAAUUCAUUUGGAUGACUUCAUGCACAUUGAAAAGAAUGUAUUUGACAAUUUAAUCUAUACUUUGUUGAAUGAAAAGCCUAAAUCCAAAGACAAUCUUAAUGCAAGGAAAGAUUUGAAGGAAAUGGGCAUAAGACAGGAUCUUUGGCCAGAUGAUAAUGGAAGAUACCACCUUGCUUUGUUUUCACUAACUCGUGAUACCAAAAGGUUGUUCCUCAAAACUUUGAAAAAUGUUUUAGUACCUGAUGGUUACUCAAGUAACAUUUCUAGAUGUGUUGAUGAUGUUCAACAUAAAAUAUCAGGACUAAAAAGUCAUGAUUGCCAUAUUAUAAUGGAGCAAUUACUUCCGUUGGCAAUACGUAAUUUGUUACCAAACCAUGUCACUGCAACCUUGGUGGAGUUUUGCUCAUUUUUUAAGGCCCUUUGUAGUAAAAGCUUAAAUCUUGAAGACCUUGAAAUGCUUCAAAAUCGUAUUGUGGUUACACUUUGCCACUUAGAAAUGUUAUUCCCACCAUCAUUCUUCACAGUUAUGGUUCAUUUAACUGUUCAUUUGGUAGAGGAAGCAAAGCUUGGAGGUCCAGUUCAUUAUCGAUAUAUGUAUCCUAUAGAGAGGGAAUUAGGUCAUUUAAAGACCUUUGUACGAAACAAGGCACAACCAGAAGGUUCUAUAGCUGAGGGAUACUUAGCUGAAGAGUCUCUUACUUUUUGUUCUAGAUACAUUGAAGAUAUAGAGACAAGGUUCAAUAGACAACGACGUGUUUGUGAUAACCCAAAUGAUAAUGAGUGUUUUGUGUCAUCUAUAUUCCCACAAGGUGGGAAGCAAGCUCCUGAUGCAAAUGAGCCAGAGUCUCCUUUGGGUGCAAGACAAUCAUCUGAUGGAAGUAACAUUUAA